CAUGGAUUGGGAGAAUUAACAUGGUCAAAAUGGCAAUACUCCCCAAAGCAUUAUACAGGUUCAAUGCAAUCCCUAUAAGGGUACCCAUGACAGUCUUCAAAGAAAUUGAUCAAACACUCCUGAAAUUCAUAUGGAACAACAAGCCCCCCCCAAUAGCUAAAGCAAUUCUUGGGUAAAAAAAGAUGGGAGGCAUCACCGUCCCCAACUUCAAACUGUACUAGAAAGUGGUAAUAAUUAAAAUAACAUGGUAUUGGAACAAAAGCAGAUCCACAGACCAGUGGAAUAGGGUUGAAUAUCCUUACACACACCCUCAAGUAUAUGAUCAUAUAAUCUUUGAUAAGGGAGCAAGAAAUGUGAAGUGGAGCAAGGAAAGCCUCUUUUAACAAAUGGUGCUGGCAAAACCGGACAGCUACAUGCAAAAAAAAAAAUGGGGGCGGCUCAGAUCUCUACCUAAUACCAUGCACAGAAAUCAGAUCAAAGUGGAUUAAAGACCUCAACAUCAGACCAGAAUCCAUAAGGUACUUUGAAGACAAGGUCGGCAAAACCACCUACAACAUUGAAGCUAAAGGUAUUUUUAAGGACAAAAUGCCAUUGACCAAGCAAGUGGAAAUAGAGAUAAACAAAUUGGACUAUUAUUAUUAUUAUUUUAAAUUUUAUUGAAUCACCGUGAGAUAGUUACAAGCUUUUAUAUUUGGGUUACAAUCUCACAAUGAUCAAACACCCAUCCCUCCACCAGUGCACAUUCCCCACCACCAAUAUCCUGGGUAUACCCCCCCUUUCCCACCCUCCCCCUGCCUCUAUGGCAGACAAUAUUCCCCAUACUCUCUCUCUACUUUUGGGCAUUAUAGCCUGCAGCACAGACACUGAGAGGUCAUCAUGUUUGGUCCAUUAUCUACUUUCGGCAUGCAUCUCCCAUCCCAGCUGGUUCCUCCAGCCAUCAUUUUCUUAGUGAUCCCUUCUCUAUUCCAUCUGCCUUCUCCCCUGCGCUCAUGAAACAGUCUUCCAGCUAUGGGGCAAUUCCCCUGGCCCUUGUAUCUACUGUUCUUGGGUGUCAGCCUCAUGUGAUAUUAUUUUAUACUCCAUAAAUGAGUGCAGUCCCUCUAUGUCUGUCCCUCUCUUUCUGACUCAUUUCACUUAGCAUGAUACUCUCCAUGUAUAUCUUUUUAUAAGCAAAUUGCAUGACUUCAUCUCUCCUGACAGCUGCAUAGUAUUCCAUUGUGUAGAUGUACCAAAGUUUCUUUAACCAGUCUUCUGUUUUAGGGCACUCGGGUUGUUUCCAUAUGUUGGCUAUUGUGAACAGUGCUGCAAUGAAUAUAUAGCUCAAGAGAAACAAUGGCCAAAAUACAAAGACAGUCUACAGAAUGGGAAAGGAGCAGGGCUGAAAAUACACGGCCAUGGAGGAGGCCCGGCCCCAAGGCUCAGAUUCCUUCUCACUCAGCUUCAAGAACCCGGAUGCUGUGUCCCUGCGGAGUCUGGAGGAAGGCCGGGACCCCACUGAGAGAGGGCACAGCUGGACUGCUGACCCCCUGGAGCGCCCUUCAGGAUGGAGGAGCCUGCAGCCAGCCCAGAGGCUCCGACGCUUCUGCAGGGAGCACUCGCAGCUCUGGAGAUGGAUCUGCAGGGGCCUGGCCUGCACCGCCUUUGUGGCCUUCCUGCUGGUAGCCUGCCUCCUGAACUUCCAGCGGGCCCUGGCGCUCUUCAUCCUCACCUGUGUGGUCCUGUUCUUCCUGGCCCAGAGCCUGCUCCAGCCGCUGCUGGCUCCAAAGCUGCAGAGGCUCCUGGAGCCCCUGGCCCGGCCCCGCCUGACCCUCUGGCUGAAGAGAGCCCUGGCCCUUGCCGCCUUCCUGGGCCUGGUCCUAUGGCUGGCACUGGACACCGCGCAGCGCCCCCAGCAGCUGGUGUCCUUCGGGGGGCUCUGUGUCUUCGUGGGCUUCCUGUUCGCCUGCUCCAAGCAGCACCAGGCAGUGUCCUGGCGGGCCGUGUUCUGGGGCCUUGGCCUGCAGUUUGCACUUGGGCUUUUUGUCAUCAGAACAGAACCAGGAUUUGUCGCCUUCCGAUGGCUGGGUGACCAGAUCCAGGUUUUCCUGAGCUACACCGAGGCGGGCUCCAGCUUCGUGUUCGGGGAAGCUCUGGUCAAGGACGUCUUUGCCUUUCAGGUGCUGCCCAUCAUAGUCUUCUUCAGCUGUGUCAUGUCGAUGCUCUACUACGUUGGCCUCAUGCAGUGGGUCAUCCUAAAGAUUGCCUGGGUGAUGCAGGUGACCAUGGACACCACCGCCACGGAGACCCUGAGUGUGGCCGGGAACAUCUUUGUGAGCCAGACGGAGGCGCCCCUGCUGAUCCGGCCCUACCUGGCGGACAUGACUCUGUCCGAGCUGCACGUGGUCAUGACCGGCGGCUACUCCACCAUCGCGGGCAGCCUGCUGGGCGCCUACAUCUCCUUUGGGAUCGACCCCACGUCUCUGAUCGCAGCCUCCGUCAUGGCAGCGCCCUGCGCCCUGGCCCUGUCCAAGUUGGUCUACCCCGAGGUGGAGGAAUCCAAGUUCAGAAGCCAGGAAGGCGUGAAGCUGAGCUACGGGGAUGCUCAGAACCUUCUGGAAGCCGCCAGCAGCGGGGCUGCCAUCUCCGUGAAGGUGGUGGCCAAUAUUGCAGCCAAUCUGAUCGCCUUCCUGGCCGUGCUGGCCUUCAUCAACGCCGCCCUGGCCUGGCUGGGAGGCAUGGUGGAUGUGGAGGGCCUCAGUUUCCAGCUCCUCUGCUCCUACAUCCUGCGGCCUGUGGCCUUCCUGCUGGGCGUGACCUGGGAGGACUGCCCGGUGGUGGCCGAGCUCCUGGGCAUGAAGCUGUUUCUGAACGAGUUUGUGGCCUACCAGGAGCUCUCUGUGUACAAGGACCGCCGCCUGGCAGGGAUGGAGGAGUGGAUCGACGGCAAGAAGCAGUGGAUCUCAGUGAGAGCGGAGACACUCACCACCUUUGCCCUCUGUGGAUUCGCCAACUUCAGCUCCAUCGGGAUCAUGCUAGGAGGCCUGACAUCCAUGGCGCCCCAUCGGAAGGGCGACUUCUCGGGGAUCGUGCUGCGGGCGCUCCUCACAGGGGCCUGCGUGUCCCUGGUUAAUGCUUGUGUGGCAGGCAUCCUCUACAUGCCCAGGGACCCCGUGGUGGACUGCGCGUCCCUGCUGAACACCACUGUGAGCAAUGCCAGCUACGAGCUCUACCUGUGCUGCCAGGAACAGUUCCAGGGCACUGGCCCAGCCCUGGGCCCCGCCGCCCUGUCCAGCUGCUGUAACUUCUACAAUCACACGCUGUGCGGGUGACGGCCUCCUGUGCAGGACCCUCUGUCACAGGUCCUGAGGGGGUGAUGGAUGGGCAGCAGGGGGUGAGGGUGCCUCAUGAGCCCCCCAGGUCAGCUCCCCCGAGGGGGAAUCUCCAGGUCCCCUAACCUCCUCUCUCCCCUUAUACCUGGUGGCCCCAGGACCCCUACCCCACCGCCCGCUGGUCCUCUCUUUCCCCCUUCUAUUAGGCUCACCCAUCUCUGGGACUCUGGGGUUUGCUGUGACUUUCAUUCUUAUGGACAGUUACUCCUGGAGAGCCCCCUGGACACUGGACACCCCCUAAUCCUCCCCACUGGUGAUUCUAGGGGGUUCCACAAUGUGCUGGGUUUGGGGACCCCCAGACCUAAUAAAGUUAGGCAGGUGCUUUGGCUUUGUUGUUGUUUUGCUACGGAUGCUGUGAGACAUUUUCUAGACUCAUUUCACCCUAAGAAACGUGUUUGAGGGCUGGAGAGACAGCACAGCGGGGAGGGCGCUUGCCUUGCAUGUGGCCGACCCAGGUUGGAUCUCCAACAUCCCAUAGGGCCACCCCCCCAGCCCGCUGGGAGUGGUUCCUGAGUGCAGAGCCAGGAGUCAAUCCCCAGGAUUGCCAGAUGUGGCCGCAAAGCAGGAAGCAAACAAGAAGAAACGUGUUUGAUGGGGCCUCUUUCUCAGGCCCUCAGACUGUGGCAUCCACUCGAGUGAGCCGGUGCAUCAUUGAUGCCAAGGAAUUGAGUGGGUGCUCUCUGCAGCCUUGAAGCUGGGAACAGCCAUGGGGGCCUGUGGGCUGCUGGCCUCAUCUAUAGCCCCCAGGAGCCCCCAGUGCUGUGCGCCUGCCUGGAGGGGCAGCGUUGAGGCCACAGGGCAAGGACCUGCUAUGGUUUUUGGUGGAACCGGUACACUCUGGAGCACGUCACGGAGGUUCCAAGCCGGGAUGAUGCAGUAUCUGGCCUGAUUGGAACUUGCCUAAGCCAGCUGACCCGGGUUCGACCCCCAGCACCCGCAGAUGGUCCCCUGAGCCCCACCAGGAGUGAUUCCUGAGCACAGAGCCAGGAGUCAGCCCUGAGCACUGCUGGGUGUGGCCUCCAAACCAAAACUUAACAAAUAAAAACUAUGCAAAAUAAUCAGAUUCACUUUGU